CUGAUCAGAUUCCAUCAAAGCUGUUGUGUUUUGAAAGUAACCUUGUUUGAGUUUCAUUCUUCAGAUGUGAAAUAACACUGGAGGUUUCUCUGAGAUUGUGCAGAAAUAUUUUAUUGAAGUCGUGACUUUUGUAGCUUGUAAGAACUGUCUUUGUCCUCAGAGAAGCCUAAUGCCUCCUCCACUGUGCUCUCCCCGCCUCCUCCUCCUCUUCUUCGUCCUCCUCCUCCUCCUCCUGUGUCCUGAGGUGUGGAGCUAUGAGGCUCCUGAGGAUAAGCAGGAUGUGUUUGCUACGAGAGCCUGCCCUGCCUUCCUGACCUUCACCAACGCUGCCUACCUGGCUGGAGUCACUUUGGAGCUGCCCUGCUACUGCAAACCACAACAGGUCCAGUCAGUUGUGUGGUUCUUUAGGAAACAUCUGGGCGGCUCCAAGGAGACCAGAGCCCUGACUGAUCACCAUGGCAACAAGCUGCUGGACCCUAGUCAUAUCCCUCACAGCAGCACCCUGCGGAGUCGAUUCUCCAUCCGUCUCUUCAGCCUGCUGAUCUUCAGGGCGGGGCCCGACGACUCUGGCAUCUAUAUCUGUGGCUCUGACCACAAAGACUUCUUCUAUGGUUACGACCUGGAUAUUCAGGAGGCGCAUGCAAUCAGCUUCACUCCGCGGCUAACUCCAGAAACUAUGAGCAAGAAAAGGAAUGAAAGAAAAGGACGCGGCUCUGCUCAGCCGUUGUACCGGAUUUUCACCAGCUUCCGGCCCUGGUCAGUCUGUGAUCGCUGUGGAGUACCAGGAGAGCAGGUUCGUGUGGGACUCUGCUACAUCCACUCCCACUUCCUGCAUGUACGCUACAGACGGGCCAAUCAGACAGUUGCUUCAUGUGGCUCAGGGGCAGUUCCCACAACUUUUGGCCAACUGAAGAAAAGCAGAGUUGGAGCCAAGCUGGAGGUCAGAAGCUGUCAUGUGACCUGUCCAACUCAAGCUCCUCCAUCCUCCAAAAUCCUUGCUCUGAUGGCAUUUCUUGGGUACAAUUCUGACUCCCUGCCAGUGAAGGUGCCAGUGAAGGUACCAGUGUUCUACUUGAACCACCGUGCGGACCGCGUUCUGACCCUGGGCUGUCCCGGGGCACGACCUAACAUGGCCGUGGCCUGGGACCGAGAAUCUAAACCCAUCUACCGAUCUGAACACUCGGCAGGUCGUAACCUCAGCGCCACCCCCCCCAGGAUACUCAUAGACACCGGACACCAUCUGGUGUUUAAACCUGCAAAAACCCAGGACUCAGGUGUCUACUACUGCUGGCUGCAGGGUCAGCCGGCCGCCGAGAUACGACUGCUGGUCUAUGCCCAUUUGGGGCGGGGGCAGUCAGUGACAUCACAUCCUGACUUUCCAGCAGCUCUCAAGACUGUGUUAAGAUCAUAUGCUGUCAUGACAGCUGUAUUUUGCCUUCUGGUGUUCGGCAGAGCUGCAGUCAGACAUCUCAGAGACACCGGAGAAACACAUGUGGAUUAAACUGAAUACUUGGAAGUUGGGUAGUUAUUUUCAGCCACCAUAAUAAUGAUGUCCAGAGUUAUACCAUCAUCAUAUUACUUAGUAACCAAAAACAGGUGCUACUGAAGGCCAACAUGUUAGGCUGGCAAGUUAGCAUGCAAAAACCAAAUGGGGCUUUUAGAGUUCCUUGGAGAGCAAUUCAACCAGGAUGCAGAUAUGGUUUGUCUUUUGUUUGCAUUUUGACUUGAUGCAAAGAGUUGAUAGUUCAAGUGUGGCCAACCUCAAACGGUCAUGACUAGAGACAAGAUGUGAAAAGCGAAAAGCUACAGUUCCACUUGUCCAACGCUUGGCUCAAUAACCAACAAAAGAAUUCCUGUCAGCUGCAGCAGAUUGAUGCUAACAUACUAAGCUGCAAAUAUUUCCAUGCUAUUUGUUGUGUGCGGAUUAUACACAGACAAUAAAAUCCACAGUUUAUAUGUUAUGUUUAAAUCAACACUUGUUAGCUGAAAAAGUAAACACUGACAUCGCACUGACUAAACACAGCAAAAGACAAGAUGUUAACACUGGUUCUCUGUGUCGAACUCAUAUGCUUUCUGCACUCACCAAGCCCCUUAUGCAACUUUUCAUAUGGAUGUAAUUUCCAGGAGACAGGCUUGUGAGCAGUAAACACUGAACAGUGAAGGUGAAUAAGGUUGGAAGUAGGUUCUGUAGGUAGGUAGUUAUAGACAUAUACAGUAUUUACUACAUACUGGACAAGGGUAUCGCAAACAGCAAGGUUGCCACACACGCUUUUUUUAGAAAAUUAUAUCUUUCUAGUCACAUCUUUGAAGAAAACAAUAAAACCUCUUAAACCUUCUUAUA